UUCCUUUUAGUUCAUACAUCACUAAAAAUGAACAGACUAUCUCACCUUUUAAUCUUUUUUGUGUGCUUUUUUUUUAGCUUUACGUUUUUGUAAAUCAGUCCCUGAUUGUCCCAAAUACCCCCAGCUCCCUACUAAUGGAGCUUUGAGGAUCCAGUCAAACACAGCUUCCAUCUUUCACUAUCUUACGGAAUGUAUUUUGAAUUCAGGCCAUUUCCAUCUGAUAAAAACUAACGCAAGCCAAGUGAUAAAACUUUUAAAAAUGUCAGAUGGUUGUACCACACUUUUAUCAUAUGGAAAACACAAGAACCCAUUUCUACCUACUCUUUGCAUGUUUAAACUGUGCAUUGUACAUGAUAUUAGAUGUGGUUUACCUAUUGAUAAACCCGGACAACAACCACAUUCACAGUAUAGAGUCUCUUCUCUGACCCACCUAUUUAAAUAAUGGCACUUAUAUGCUUUUUUUAAAAGUACCGAAUAAAAAAAAAAAAAAAAAAAAUCUGAUCAAAUGCCAACACUAAAUAAUGGUAUCUUUAUUGCAGAAGUUUGUUUAAAAGCCUCUGUAAAGGAUAGUGGCAAUAUCAUUUCAAUUUAAUCCUAGGGCCAGUUCCUUUUAAAGUUUUUCGGCAAUAAAUACCAUGGCUGAAAAAUGACUUCCUAGAGUCAACCAGCAGGGUGUGUGAUGACAUGAUUGUAUAAAUGCUUUGCUGACAUUGUAAUCACUUCCAUGGAACUGGAAAGCUGUUAGUGAAAUACUCCCGAGCUGAGCCCUCUGAAUCACUUGCUGCCUUUGAGCACUCUGUACAAGAUUAUUAAACUACAGGAGAUCAUAACAUUCAAGAUAUGGGACACCAGAAGAUUCUGAGACUGUCAAUGCUGGUUUUGAUGUAUUGGAAAAUAUGUAAAGCAACUAAUUUAGCCAUAGUUGACCCUCCAACCAACCUAAAGAUACUAGACCCUGGAUACUUGGGUGAACUCCACAUUCAGUGGCAAGCUCCAGCUAGCUUGAGAAGCAUAUCAAACUGUGUGCUGCGCUUCCAGCUACAAUACUACAGUACUGAUGAAGGCAGAUGGAAGACUGUGAGAACUACACACUUAAAACACAGUGCCAGAUUUGACCUUGGGAAGGAAGCCAAAGUAAAAGUACAGAGCCUGCUGAAAGGUCAGUGUACAAAUGGUUCUGAACUGCAAAGCAUGUGGGCUGAAACAACAUUGCAACCAUCACAGCAAGGGAUUCCAGAGUCCAGGAUCGAAAACCUCACUUGUGUUUGCUAUAACUGGGAAUACAUGGAAUGUACCUGGCAGAGGCAUCCAUAUUUAAACUACACCCUGUUCUACUGGCACUCAAAGCUGGACCAUGCAAUGGAGUGUACUAACUAUAUCCAGUCCAUUGGGGUCAACAUUGGCUGCAAUUUUUCCAGUGCUGAUUUGGAGGAAUACACAGACUUUAACAUAUGUGUUAAUGGCUCUUCUGCAACAGGACCUCUGAUUCCAGUAUACUUCACAUUUGAACUUCAAAAUCUAGUGAAACCAGCUGUUAUUAACGAAAUAAACGUAACGAAAGUGGGAAAUGAAAAACUGCAUCUGCAAUGGAAGCCCCCUAUGGGCAAAACCAAAUCCCACUGCCUGGAGUACGAGGUUCAGUGCAGAGAAGAUGAAAACGAAUGGACGUCCAACUUCAAAAAAGGAACCACAUUUACCAGCUCCCGAUUAGACCUGAGGCACAGGCAUUGUUUCAGAGUAAGAAGCAAGCUAAAUGUAUACUGCGCUGAUAAUGAGCUGUGGAGCGACUGGACCGCAAACCUGUGCUUUACUGAGGAAUAUAGACUAUCUGAAGCAUCCAUGUUUAUAGCUGUGGGCACUUCGCUGAUUAUCUUGUUUGCUAUAGCACUUUCCGUAUGGAUCAGACGAAGAGGAUUAAAGAUCAAAGGAGGAGAAGACAGUAUAUUGAUCUGAAAUAUGGGUCUGCUACCUUUCUUCAUCUGCGUUCUUAAUUAUGUGCUUGUCAUGGUCGUUUUCACAGUCAAGUUCACCGUGAGUGGAUUAACAUUGUGUCUGUGGUGAUCCAUGCAAUGAAAGUAAUAGUUUAAUAUAAAGUCUGCUUCAUAUCCUUAGGUGUCCUUUCAUUAAUAUAGUAUUGCACUAUUGCCAUUGUCUUGCCAUUGCAUUGUCACUGCACUGAUCAUUAUUGAAACAACUUACCAGCAAAUUAACAUUGGAGGUGAUUGAAGAGAACAUCCUGGAAUAGAUUGGCAAAAAGUCUGCUGAGUGAACUUUUGCAGCAUAAUAAGAUGCUGCUAAUGGGACUGAACCACCAAACCUGCCCCUGCUCUGUUAAAUUGCUGUUCCAGUUGUCUUUGCACUGCCACAGUUUGUAUUUCACAUUUGCAGUUGGAUUCUCUUUUUAGGGAAGGGAGUGAUUUGUAUUGCUUAUGCUAAUGUUGUCAGAUUUUAGUUAAUAUGUUCCUCAUUAUUUAAUUCAUUAUAUUCAAGUUUAAUGAUUAAGUUGCUAAAUCCCCAAUUGAAACAACGUAAAUCAGCAACUGAACCAUGGUAAUCAAUUAUGUAUUACUGGGAUCUGGAUCAAUUAAAGCAGGGCUUCUCAACCUUUUUGCCUAUCUUAUUAAACUUAUACCAUUAAAACCAAGAAUGCAUCAAA